GUCAACACAUAGAAACAACUACUUUGCGCCCAAACCACUACGACUCCAAUUAAACACGCGACGAAGUCUUAAAUUAAACGGAAUUGAUAAACGGCUACCAAACUUGCGUGCGCAAGCAAUAUCUCCUCACAAUUCCUCAAACCCGACCCCGCCGCAACCAUGACCUCCCGCCUUGUCCUCGUCAUUGGGGACCUCCACAUCCCAGACCGGGCAAUGGAUAUACCAGCAAAGGUAUUACCUCUUCUAAGACAACAAGAUGGUAUCUAACCAUAUUCAAAUAGUUUAAAAAACUCCUCACACCCGGCAAAAUCGGACAAACCCUCUGCUUAGGAAAUCUGACAGACAAACCUACAUACGACUACCUCCGCUCCAUCUCUCCCGACCUCAAGAUAGUCAAAGGACGAUUCGAUGCAGAUGCCACCUCACUACCCCUCCAACAAACCGUCACACAUGGAUCUCUGAAAAUAGGCUUCUUGGAGGGCUUCAGUAUGGUAGCACCGAUGGAGAUGGAUCUGAUGUUGGCAGAGGCGAAUAAGAUGGACGUGGACGUGUUAUGUUGGGGCGGCACACAUAGAUUCGAUGCUUUCGAGUAUGAGAAUAAGUUCUUUGUGAAUCCGGGUAGUGCGACGGGUGCUUUUACGACGGGUUGGGUAGCGGAAGGAGAGGAGAUGAUACCGAGUUUUUGUUUGAUGGAUGUGAGUACAAUUUCUACGUUUCCGCAGUAGGAUCCGCAAACGGGGAGUAUAUUUUGGGCGUGCUAAUAAUACGGGAAUAGGUCCAAGGAAUUGGAUUAACCCUUUACGUCUAUCAGCUGAGGAAGGAUGCCGAGGGAAAGGAGAGUGUUAACGUCGAGAAGAUCACUUAUACCAAGGUUGUUGGGAGUUCAUGAGUAGACAUAGUGCGUGGCGUUGAAUGGAAGGAUUAUACGAAGAAACCUACAAAAGGUUUAUAAUAGAGGACGCAGGGGCGCGAUAUCAGCCCCGCCCUCGGCAUGCUUGAUGGGAAGAUUGGGGAACUGGCAACGAAAGUGGGCUUCGAUACAGAUCGAAAGGCUGGCCUCAACCUUUCAUAAGUACGAUAUUACCAUGGAGAAUACUACUCUUACACGGAGACCCUUCUAGACCUUUCACGCUAGAUUUGCUGUACCACGCAAAUAUAGGAGAUAAAUUUGGUGCGUGAUACUCAUGCAACGUCGACAAAUCCUUAGUCAAUGUUUGACUCAA